AUGGAUAGAGAUAAAGCAGCUGAUAUAGAAGAUAAAGAAUAUUCGGAAGAAUCUGUAGAAGAUUGCCAACCUGAUUCCGAGGAUGACGAGCAGACCUAUAUCUACCAACUUGCUAAGAUCAAAGAUGAAAGGCUAAACACUGUAGUUGAAGCUGAUGCAACCAUGGAGAACUCAACUCUGACUCUGGAUACGACUGAAGAAAUUGAUGAGAAACAAAAAGGAUCUGAGAGAAAAGACCGUCCUUCCAGAAAUGCUAUGGAUUCUGAGUCGAGUUAUGAAAAUUCUGAUGAAGAGGGCAAAAAGGGAACUCUUGAAGUCCCUGAAAAAGAUUUUAAUGACGAUGCAUGUGAAAAAUCUUCUCAAAAGAAUAGUAUCAAGAACUUUGCUUUACUUGGUAUCCUAGGAGAGAGUUCUUUUGGAACUGUCCACCACGUUAUAUGUAAGAAUGAAGGAAAGGAGUACGCAUUAAAAAUUAUCUCAAAAAGAAACAUUUCCCAGAAGCAACAAAACGAGAUCCAAAGAGAAAGAAGUUUCCUUGCAGAGAUCGACCAUCCCAACAUCGUCAAAAUACACAAAUGCUUCCAUGACAAGACUAACUUGUACUUGGCGAUGGACUGAUGCCCAAAUGGAGAACUUCAUACUUUUAUGAAAAAUGAAGGGAUACUUAACAAAAAUGUAGCACAAUUCUUAGCUGCAGAAAUUGUUAAUAUGAUCUCCUAUCUAAAGGACAGAAACAUUUGACACAGAGACAUUAAGCCCAAAAACCUCGUAUUUGAUGAAAAUAUGCACUUAAAGCUCAUAGAUUUUGGAUGUGGAAAAUAUUACAAGGAUACAAAGUUUGAACUUCUACCAAAGCCUUCCCAAUCAGGAGCUGAAGGAGGCAAAGAGUUCCAAAGAACUAGUACAUUCUUAGGAACGUGUGAAUACACAUCGCCAGAAGUCGUCGGUGGAGCUUAUGCAAACAGUGCAGCUGACUUAUGGAGUCUGGGAGUCCUAGUUUACAUGUUCUUCACCGAAUACGCUCCUUUUAGAGGCGAGUACGACCAAGAUACGCUCAAUAAAAUCUGAGAAGAUCAUCCCUUCUAUCCUGAAAACUUCCCAGAAGAUGCUCAAGACUUAUGUACCAGGUUACUUGAAAAGGACCCGACCAAGAGACUUGGAGCUGGUGCCCCAGGAAGUGAAAACGACAUGACUGCUCUUAGAUCUCACAAGUUCUUUGAUAAUAUCGACUUCGAUAACUUGUUCGAGGCAACAUCUCCGAUUCCAAAAGUGGAUAAGAUGAUGAACUCAAUAAAAAGUAACAUGAUUUCUAAAUAUACCAUUAAGAAUAAAUCAAAGAGGAAGAGACCAAAGUCUCCAGUGAAGGCUAAGACUUCUAUUGACUUGAGCCACUUCAAUGUUGAGCCACUUGAGACCCAGGAUAAAAUGAAGAUUGAAGAUUGGAAAACUGAGAAAAAGAUCAAUAUUACUCACACAGAGUUGAUCCAGCUCCGCUCCAGAUUACUUUUCUUCUACAGAUCUGUCAUCUCAUUGACCACGGAUGAACCAGCUCUGUACAUCUAUGGUUUGAAAUCAGGAGUUUUAAGAGAGCGGUACGAUCUCAAAAACUGUAAGAUCAACAUCAAAGGGAAAAACAAGAUCAAGCUUGCUUCCAAGACGAAGGAGAAGUACAAGAAGAUCUCUAAUGCUUUCAAAAUUAAGAAGCAUCAGAAGCAUCAUCGGGACUCUACUAAUCCGAAAGGACUGGUAGAUGUUCUCAAAGAAAUUAAAACUCAAUAAUUA